CGCCGCCGUGUCCUCCGUGGGGCCCCGCCAUGCUCCCGCUGCUGCUGCUGCGGGCCGGCCCCGCCGCCCCCGCAUGGCUGCGGGGCGCCGCGCAGUCCGCCUGCCGCCGCCGGGCCGCUGUGGCCGCUGCCGCUGCGAGGCACCGACAGGUUGCAUCUUUUCAAGGAGUGGCUGUUCGCAGCCUCAGCACAUCCUCCCCUCACGAUCACCCAGAACAUGGAAGAUUAGUUUAUAAAGGAAAUUUGGCAAAGACAGUUUUGGGUGUGAAGUUUUUCUCUUACUCCACCAGCAUAUUCAACCUAUUCAUGAUGCCCUACAUCAUGCUCAAAAGUGGUAUUGGAGUGGAAAGUUUGCUUGUCCAAGCUGCCUUUUAUGGGUUGAUCGGGAUUUUUACGUUUGUAACUCCGGUUACGUUGCAUCUCCUUACAAAAGGUUACGUGAUCCGGCUCUAUUAUAAAGAGGAAGUGGACACCUAUACAGCCAUUACCUACAAUGCCAUCUUGGCAGAAAAAGCAACUGUUUUCCAUCAGAAAGAUGUAAAGAUUCCAGACAUCACCAAGAUGUUUACAACAUUUUAUGCUAAAACAAAAUCAAUGCUUGUUAAUCCUAUGCUUUUCCCAAAUCCUCAGGAUUAUAACCAUCUCAUGGGCUAUGACAAAUCUUCAUUUUUAAAAUUUGAGGAUUUAGAGGGGGUAAAGGAAGCGGAUGAAAGGAAAUAAUUUGAAGAUAAUGUCAGUAUCAUCGUCCAUAAUGCAGUACUAUGUAUAUAAAAGAAUGUAAAAAUCCAUUACACUUACUUAAGUAUCAGGUAGCUGGAGUUUUCCACAUGCAUUUUGGAAUGUAUAAAGAGACACUUUUUAAAAAAUGUUACAAUGUGAGGGUUUCUUUAAUGACAUAAAAUACAGUAAAAAAAGGAGAUGCUUAGCCCUGUCUUUUGCUUGUUUAUUCUUGGUUUGAUUGUUGUUGUUAGCUCUCCAGAGAACUGUAAAAUGCAUGAGCUGUGUGGCAGUCUCACCACCUCUGUGUCAAAAGACACUCAUUAUGUAUCGAGUAUGUAGUUAAGAUUUUAAGACUUAAAUAUUAAUUUUACUUAAUCUAAAAAUACCAGGCUUUUUGUUGCUGCUGGUGAUGGUAUAAAGGGAGUGGUCAUGGCUUUCCCUUCCCUUUGUGAUGCCAUCGGUAGCCAGGAGGAGUCUCUGGAAAGCAGACAGGUAUUCUUGUGAAUUCCUGCUACAACUCCCUCCCAGAGGAGAGAAGAACAUGGGGAGGAUAGCUGUGUAUCUAUAGAGCAGUAAGUUCUAGCUACUCAAAGGUACUCUCAGGUAAACUAAAGUCCCACUCCAAGCAACCCUGUCCUCAAAGGUGGAGAGCAAGAAGCUUCCCUUCUUGGGCAUCAUGACAUAAGAUUUGCUCUGUGAGCAUCCUGCUGACAAGAGAUGCUGUAUUUGAAUUGACAAAAUUCUAGCAGCUAGUGGUUAAAAUGCAUUCUGUCAGCAUUUAUGUAAGGUGAGGAAGCAUUUGUUCCUCUAAAGAACACACCUCUUAAUUUUCAGCACUGUGAAAAAUGCCACCUUUCAGUCAAUUAAAAAGGGGAUCCGGUCUUUUUGUGGUGCUAGACUGGUUCUUCUCCCUUGAGUAUGUAGAGGUUGGAUUUAAAUUUUUUAGUUCAAGGCGCAUAAACUGACAGAUACUUGUUUUCAAAGAAUGAAGGACCGAAAUAUUUUGAGACACAAAAACUACUGAAUUGAAAAAAAUCCCAAAAUUAAAAUUAAUCCUUUUGUGUUAUCAGUGCCCUUUGUAAUAAGAAAAUCUGAUGCUUGCUACUAAUCAUUCUGAUCCUGCAAAUAAAACAUUACAGCUAGCUUUCAAGAUGUUUCCUAAGUUGUAGCUGAAAAACUGUAUUUAAAAGUUUAAAUAUCUUCCAAUAUGAUUAUUUCAAUUUCCUUUUUUAGGAUGACACCACGCAUAAUAUUAAACCAGAGUUUUGAAUGUUGCUUUUCUGACUGCCCUCAAUGUACUUGCUUAGUAGUUAAAAUACAAAUUGUCCCAUCCAAAUAUUUUUGAGGCAGUUGUUUGUGUUGGCACAACUAUAAUUUUAAAAGGGUUAUAAAGUCUCUUUAAGCCAGUAUCAUAUCAUGGGUAGCAAUAAUAUAUAAAUAAAGUUUUCAUAAAAUGAUAUUGAACAUGUGAGGUUCAAACUACAUUGAACAAGCAAUUCUGAUCACCUGGUUGUACUACUUGUCCUCAUUAAAAUGAUGUUUUAUGCCUA